AUGGACGGCCUCGGCAUCACGUUCGACGCAUACGGCAGCAUCCAGCAGCGUGUACGAGGCUACCACCAGCCGCACCACCCCGUUCAUGCGCCAGCCGUCGCUGCCCACGCGGCGGCCCACCACCACCGCCUCCAGCACUCGGUCUCGUACGACGCCGCCCUCAACGGGCACUACGCCGCCCAGCCCAUGUACCGUCACCCGUCCGACACGUCGGGCGACAGCGCGCACAAGCGCGUCCGCAUCGCCGCCGGCACGCCCGAGGUCCUCAACGGCAAGGGCGGCUACCUCCCGUACGACCAGCACCACCUGUCGCCCCUGUCCGACUUUGCGCAGUCGUCCAACUCGGGCACCGGGUCGUCGCAGCCCUUCUCGCCAGUGUCGCUGUCGUCCCUCCCCUCGUCGACCGACGCUGGCGCCUACCCUUCCUUCCCCUCGCACGCCCUCCCGCACGACGCCUACCCUAUCCGCAACCACCCGCACGCCACCUCGCACGCCGACCUCCACCACGCCCAGCAGCCGUCCCCCUCGCGAGGCCCGUCCCGCCUCCCGGCCUUCCUCCAGGACCGCCAGCAGGCCCUUGCCCGACCUCGCUCCAUGGUCGAGCUGCGGCAGUCGCAGCAGGCGCGAGAGCGCACCUCGCCGCCGUCGUCGAUGCACGCCCCGUACGCCGAGCACGUCGAGCACGCGCAGUACGACGCGAGCCCGAGCGACCGGUACGACCACCUCCAGGACUCGCCGGCCGAGAGCGUGCCGAGCAGCGCCGGCGCGCUCCAGCGCCGUCAGUUCGAGCGCCAGCUCCAGAGCGACUUCGACGAGCGGCGGCGGCUGCGAGCGUCCGAGGGCCGGCCGCGCGAGCGCACUCAGUCCGAGGGCGUCAUCCGGCCGCUCGAGCGCGUGCGGUCGCGCUCGCUGUCGGCCAAGGAGAUGAAGGAGCUCGCCGACCGCGAGGCGUCCCGUCGAGUCGAGGAGCAGGUGCCGCUGCCGCAAGAGCCAGGAGCAGCUCGUCUCGAGACGGUUGACGACGAGGCGCUCGAGGCGGAGGAGGGGGACGACGAUGUCGGCACGGUCAUCUCGCUCGCCCCGCCGCCGCAGCGCGAGCCGGGAGCGAGCGGCCUGCAGCGGCAGAGUACGCUCCUGACGGCCGGCGCGAGCACGGUUCGGCGCCGCAAGGAGCUCGACCGCCUCCUCGCCCCGACGAGCCGACACGCCGGCAUCUCGAGCCUCGGCACGAUCGCCCAGUCGCCUACGCCGUCCACCACCUCGUCCGCCGUCACGAACUCGACCCAGCCUCGUGCCGCCUCGCACGCCUCGGCCCAGGUCGCGUCGCUGCCGUCGCCCGUCGUCCUCGAGCAGGCCAAGCACGGCAAAGGCGCCCGCGUCGAGCUCGACCUCGCCCUCGAGACGCCGCUCGUCGUCGAGGGCGGGCUCCUCAAGGGCCGUCUCGAGGUGCGCAUCCGCAAGAGCAAGGAGCGCGAGGGCGAGGUCUGGGUCGGGACGCCCAAGAUCCGGGUCAUCGGCUUCGAGGAGCUCUCGUCGGGCGACGGCCGCUACAUCUUCUACCACGCCUCGGCGCCGGCAUCGACCUCGACCGACCCGCUCGCGUGUUACGACUCGCCCGCCGACAGUGAGGGCUUCCACCGCGGCAAGAGCGGGCAGCACAACGUCGCCGUCAAGAUGAGCCUGCCGAUCGGCAAGGGCGCCAAGGGGCCGUGGAAGGGCAAGCAGGGCGUCGUUCGCUACAUCGCCAUCGCGUCACUCAAGCUCAAGUCCAAGGAGGGCUCGGACCGGUCGAUCGCCCACUUCUACCGCCACGUCGAGGUGUACCCGUAUUUUAACCCGGCGCUUACGCUCGCGCCCGCCAUCAAGCCGCUCACGGCCGACGCAGCCAAGUCGCUCUUCAUGGGUGGCAGCGGCAAGGUCACGCUGCACGCGUCGCUCCACCGCGAGACGUGGGUCGCAGGGCAGCGCUGCUACGUCGAGGUCCGCGUCUCGAACGAGUCGAGCAAGAAGGUCAAGGCCCUCACGCUCGCCCUCAUCCGCACCACGGCCGUCUACCGCUCGGCCUCGCGCACGACCUCGCACGGACCGCGCGACCUGUACGGCUUCGGCGUCGACGCCGUCCCUGCGUCGUCGAGUGAGCCGACGCAGACGCAGACGACGCGCAAGAAGGUCGCCGAGACGACGCUCGAGCUGGGCAAGAAGGGCACCAAGGGCGUCACGGCCAAGGGCACCUGGCUGGGAGUCGAGGCGGGCGAGUCGGCCGACUUUGCGCCCUCGUUCCUCAUCCCGGAGGACGCGCUCACGAUCGCUCGCGGUCGGCACCUCGAGAACACGUACUCGGUCAAGGUCUCGGUCGGCGGCUCCCUGUCGGCAGACAUCUCGGUCGACAUCCCCAUCCGCGUCGUCAACUUUAUCUCGCUCGACCCGCCACCCGGCCACGUCGGGCCCUCGCCGCUGCCAGACCAGCCUCGUCGCCCGGUCGCCCGCAGCUGGAGCUCGAACCAGCUUCGCGACGCCGUGCGCCCGUCCCAGGCGACGGUCGGCCGCAUGACGAGCCACGACUCGCUCCGCCUGGAGGACCUGAACGGCGCCCGCCCUCGGCAGCAGCGACCGCCGCUGUCGCGCAUCGCGUCGGUCGAGUCGGUCCGCACGAGCGACCUGCCUCGUGCCGAGCCCGUCGCCGACCGUGCUCGCCCGGCGCCGGCGCAGCACCUGUCGGCACGCUCGGACGAGGAGAACCUCCCGCCGGCCGAGAGGAGCCAGGUCGUCGUCGACCGGGCCAAGCGUCGCCAGCUGCAGCACCAGAUGUCGCUCCAGUGCAUCUCGUCGGCCAUCGCGUCCGCCACAGCUCGGCGGAGCCCGAACGUGCGCGAGCGCGAGCCGACGCUGCGCGCGGCGGCGUCGCACGGCGACCUGUACGAGGCGAGGCUCGCCGUCGACGAGUCGCCCGAUGCGGGCUACUACGGCGGCGGCGUCGAGGAGGACCUCUUCACGCUCCCCGCCGUCAACCUGCACUCGGACGUCCAGUUCGGCCUCGGCCUCGGUCUCGACGACGUCGGGAUCCAGCUCGACGACCUCGACGAGGUUCCGGACGACCCGACCGCCCUCGACCGCCACGUCCACCACGAGCCGUCGUCUCGGUACCAGCCGCAAGAGCAGCACCAGCAGCCGUGCCGGCACCACUACCAGCCCGAACCGAUGCGCCCCGAGGACCUCUACGCCUCGCAGCCCGCCGACGCGCAUGUCGAUGCCGACCAAGACUCGGACGACGAGCUCGACUCGAUCCUGCAGUCGCACUUUAGCGAGGACGAGGACGAGCACCUCGAUCGUCCGACGUCUCUGCACGCUCGAGCGCCGUCGUCGCCGCCGCAACGAGCCGAGCCGGCUGUUCCUCGCUCGGCGUCGCCCGUCAAGCGACACUCGCCGAUCCCGCCGUCGUCGCCCGUCAAGGCCUCGCCUUCGUCGAGGCGCCCGUCCGACACGUUCGCCUUCGCGACACCAUCGUCGCCGAUCAAGGCCGGCGUCGAGCUCCCGGUCGUCGACGAGGACGAGCACCCUGCCGCACGGACUACUCGCCCGCUGCCGACGCCGCCCGUCGUGCACGCCGCGCCGAGCAGCCCGCGCAAGGCCUCGCACGUGCAACCGGCGGCGGGUCGCGAGCCGUCGUCGCUGCGCAAGACACCGUCGGGCGCCUCGCUCAGGCGCAACCCGGGCGUCCUGCGCAAGGCGGGCUCGACCAGGUCGAUCCGCAGCGCCGCCUCGUCGCUCUACGUCGCCUCGACGGCCGAUGCGACUCGUGCUCUCGGCAUGGCGCGCAGCCCCUCGAUCGCCUCGCCGCGCGUGUCGCCCAUCCUCGCCUCGGGCACGACCUUUGGCGUCCGCCCGACCCUCUCGCCGACCGUCGCCACGCCGGCCUCGCCCGUGCGGCGAGUCGUCAAGACGCCGUCGCCGUCGCUGCGCCCGACGCGCUCGAUGGCCGAGCUGCGCAGCGCGCCCCCGCCGUCAUCCUUCUUCGCCGGCGGCAGCCCUCACGAGCGGCCGGCCUCGCCGCGCAAGUCGACGGUCCUGCCCUCGGUCAAGAACAAGGUCGCCGCGCUCGAGACGCGCCAGGCGACGCUGCACCGGCUCGCGACGACGAGUCGCGAGGGCGGUCGGGCGCGCGUGCCGGCGGCGCAGCUCUCGAGGGCCGACUCGAUCAUGUCGAGCGCGAGCUCGGUCAUGCCGAGCGAGUUCAACCUGAACCGCACCAACAGCAUGGCUUCGUUCAAGGCGCCACUGCUCAAGCGCGGCGCGACCAUCCUCGAGCCGACGCCUCCUGUUCCUUCUCUCCCCGCCUUGUAG